AUAAAAAGCCCCAAAUUUCUCCGCUCCCAAACGCUAUUGAGCCAAACCCAAACGUUAACUCAGAAGCACCAGCAGAAGACGAAGAAGAAGACGAAACAUAAGCGAACCACUCUCUAACGUCGCCACCCGAUUCAUCACGUUUCGUAAGCUGCAAUGGCGACGUUCGAACUUUACCGCAGGUCGACGAUCGGAAUGUGCCUGACGGAGACGUUGGACGAGAUGGUUCAGAACGGUACUCUCAGCCCUGAGCUCGCGAUUCAGGUUCUGGUCCAGUUCGAUAAGUCCAUGACUGAGGCUCUGGAAACGCAAGUUAAGAGCAAGGUCUCCAUCAAGGGACACCUCCACACGUAUAGAUUUUGCGACAAUGUUUGGACCUUCAUCUUACAAGAUGCAUUGUUUAAGAACGAAGACAGCCAAGAGAAUGUUGGACGAGUUAAAAUAGUGGCGUGUGACUCGAAGUUGCUCACACAAUAAUAUGCCCAAUUUCUGCCACCUUGCGGUGAAGGGGAAAUUGUUGCAUCUGCUGGUACUGUGGGAAUGGUGGUCAGACCAUAGUGACGGACCACAGUGACUGGUCUUAAAUUCUUGCAGGAACUAGCAACUAUUGUAUGUUAUUAUAGAUUAUAGAUUUAAAUGCCAUCAGUCUUCAUAUUAUUAGGUAAUUAAUGCCACAAUGAGAAUACCGCUUGGGAAUUGGAUGAAUCCACUCUUCUUUUAACUGUA